AUGCAAAAUGCAACCACUCCGCCGAAAUCCCUCCACGGCAAUGAUACCAUGAAUAAUUUCUACCCAGCGCUGGUUCAGUGCUUCGGCAUCAUCCUUUGUGGAUAUAUCGCCGGACGCUUUAAGAUCAUCAGUAAUGCGGAAACCAAAGGAAUGAGUACCUUCGUGGGCACCUUUGCUCUCCCCUCACUGAUUUUCCUGAAUUUGUUGGAACUGAACUGGAGUACAGUGAACUGGAGCUUCCUGCUGGCCAUUUUGGUGGCCAAGGGAGUGGUCUUUUUCGUCGUUUUGAUCGUAUCCUUGCUGGUUUCCCGACCCUUGAACUACGCUCGCGCUGGUUUGAUGGCCAUUUUCUGCACCCAAAGUAAUGACUUUGCCAUCGGUCAUCCCAUAGUAAUGGCUCUGUACAAAGAUAUCCAUCCGGAAUACCCAUCAUACCUCUACCUGAUGGCCCCCAUAUCGCUGGCAAUUUUGAAUCCCAUAGGUUUAGCCCUCAUGGAAAUUGCAAAGAUUGUUAAGAAUAAAGAGGAAAGGACCCGUAAUCCACCUUUAGGUCCAGAAACUACUCCAGAGGAACAAAUGUCUAAAUGGAAUCGUUUCUUUGGGGAGCGUUCCAUUCUAGUUUUCAACAUCAUUGUGGCCCUGUUCUUUAAUCCAUUGCUAUUGAUGACUCUCCUGGGAGUAGCUGGUGGUUUCCUGUUUCCUCAUGCAAUCCCAGAGUGUAUUUGUAGUAUUUUGCGAACUCUCGGCAAGAGUUUCUCAGCCACGGCCUUGUUUUUGCUUGGCAUGAAGAUAGUUGGUGGGGCAGGAUCGGAAAAGAAAAGCAAUGGUUUCCUUCUACCCGGUGUCCUUAUUUUAAUGAAAAUAGUGGUUCUACCCUUAGUCAUUCGUCAGACGGUGAACCUCAUGGAGUCUGGCCACAAUGCCAAUGAGACUACCGAGCUGAGCUCUUUCGGCUUCCUCUACGGAGCCAUUCCAACUGCUGCCGUCGCAUUUGUGGUGGCCACUCGGUACAAUUUGGAGGUGGAAUCGGUGGCGCGCAGUCUGGUUUUCUGCACUAUCAUCUCAGCUCCUGUGAUGUUUAUAUCCGCCAAAAUGAUAUCGGUCAAAAAUUUAAAAGUAGAGGAUUAUCUAUACGAGCUAGAUGCCUUUUCAUUCGACAUUAGCGUGGCUGGUGCGGCGGCCUGUUGCUGUAUGUUGGUGCUGUUGAUUGUUACCAAGCGCUUCAAGAGAAUGCCGCAAAGAAUUACCUUCUGUCUGGUGCUGUCGCAGCUAAUGUGCUGCAUAGGCGUCAUACUGUGGUCCAAAAUGGAGCACGUCCAUCAAUGGCCCUUGUAUUUCCAAUUUUUCCUCUUCAAUAUUGGCACUUAUAGCACCCGUUUGUGGACAGGCCUCUUGGCCAUUUCCCUACUCUUCCUGCAGUGUCGUAGUCUGGGUUUUGGGCGUAAAAUAUGGCCCUAUAUGAUGGUCUUUGCCUGGGGAGUUCCGGCCAUUAUAUCUGUUUUUUUGGUGAUUUUCGACUCAAAUGUUAUGUCGGGAACAAAAUACAAUCCUAGUUUUCAAUAUGGAAAUGUCCAAGCUUUCAUUUCAGUGUUAAUGCUUGUCAUAUGUUUUAUAGUAACCGUGGUCUGCUUGGUGAUACAUCAGCGUUACAAAAAACGCUUUGAGAACUACAUGCCCCAAUCCCGUCCGUUGGCCAACACGGAGUCGGAAUCUGAAGUGCAUUCGAUAAUAUCCACAACGAACUUGAUGGGUCGCACGGAUCAUUCCUCCAUUCGCACUACAUCCUACUCCUCUUCCAAUGACGAUGAAAUGAUUCCGACAGCCACUGGUAUGGUGACGACUAGGGCGAGUGCUUCUGGAUCUAGAGCAUCUGAGACAGAAUCUGAUAGUGGCUGUGGAGAUAGAGUGGACAAUCCAUCAACGGCCAGUACUGCGGUGGUGGACAUAGAGGAUCAAAAGAAUCGAGAACGUCAAAGCACCAACGCAAAAAAUAGUAAAGAUCUAGACACGAUGGAAACCGCUUCGACCAAUGAUGAGUAGGGAAUAAAUAUAUUUUGUUCUUUUCGUUUAUUCAACAGCGGACCAAGUAUCUCCUCACAUCAGAUAGAACACUUCGAGGACCAGGACAGAAGCGGUCUGGAGCCUCUGGAGCAAACUACCGACUCCGAUGAACAUCAAACUAUCAAGCACACCGUGCUGCUAAUCAUCCUACUGGGCUCUAUAUUUGUCGAACUGGCGGUGUUUGUCUGGACCCUUGUCAUGGAGAAAAUGUCGGGAAUAUACUGGGAACUGAGUUUCCUCGAUGUUUUCCUCAACUUCGGUCAGGGUCUAAUCGUGUUGGCCGUUUUCAUAACCGAUGUGGGCGAACUGUUAAUGCCGGUAGUCAGGUUUUGGCGAAAGUUAUGGUAUGGAACCGAUGGGGUUAGCCUACCGCACUGGUCUAAUCUUAAGCCAGAAACCUUGCAUAUUUGUGACCAGUUUCGUAAUCAUCACCUGGAGAAUUGCAAAAAGGACAUUGCAAAGGAUAGAAGAUGGCGAUUUCAAGCAUAUUGCCAGGUAUUCUAUGGCAGCGAGUUCGUCAGCUGGCUUAUCGAGGUGGGCCUGUCCAAGGAUCGCCUGGAGGCCGUCCACUACGGCAGGCACCUGGUCGAUGGCAGGGUCCUGCGGCACAUCAACAAUGUAUACCAUUUCGAAGACAAGCUGCUGCUCUACAAUUUUUGCAGUCGCAACUAGA